AUGGCAAUCACUCUUACUUACAUUAUGACCAUAGCUGCAAAUGCAAUGGUUAUAACUGUCGUCAGCUUUGAUUCUCAUCUUCACACACCCAUGUACUUCUUUUUAGUGAACCUCGCUAUAAUUGAAUUAUUGUACACUACAGCGAUCACUCCAAAUACUUUAGCUAAUCUACUAAAUGAAGAUAAAAGAAUCUCAUUUGUAGGUUGCUUCGCCCAGAUGUUUACAUUCUAUAUUUUGGUAGGCUCGGAAUGCAUUCUGCUUGGUAUCAUGGCAUAUGACAGAUAUGUAGCCAUAUGCCAACCUUUGUUGUAUACUGCAAUCAUGAACAGAUCAGUUUGCUUCUACAUGAUAAUCAUUUGCUGGACUAUUGGAUUUAUAACAUCAGUAGUGAACACUGUUCUUACAGCGACAUUACCCUAUUGUCAUGACCGCCUUAUUAGACAUUAUUUCUGUGAGCUUCCAUCACUUCUGAAGAUGUCCUGCAAGAAAACUUACAUUAACCAAUUGGUGGUCUAUUUUUUUGGUGGCGGUGUGCUUGUUGGCUCUUUUGUUUUAACUCUAAUCUCAUACAUCUUUGUUAUUCGGGCAGUAAUCAAGAUCCCCAGCGCCAGUGGAAAGAAAAAAACCUUCUCCACUUGUUCUUCUCAUCUCUUGGUGGUCUGCAUCUUCUUUGGGACAGGCAUCUUAAAUUAUCUCCGUCCAUCUUCUAAGUCAUUUUAUAAUCACAUGUUUUCUCUGGUGUAUGCUGUGGUCACUCCUCUUAUAAAUCCUUUAUUAUACAGUUUUAGGAAUAAGGAUGUUCAAAGAGCACUGAGGAACAUUUUAUAUCACUAA